AUGGCUCCGCUCCGCCGCCUCUGCCUCUGCGUCCUCCUCGCUCUGCUGCUGCCGCCCCCCGCGGCACCGGCACCGGCACCGGCCCCGGUCCCGCUUCACCGCCCGGACUGGGCCGCCUGCAGGAUCCUGUCCCGGGAGCUGUCGCGACUACUGGCGACAGUCAAAGAGCCGCACUCGGCGCUGGAGGGGAUGCAGCUGCUGGACGAGGACUCCCAGAAUUGGCCCCCCCGGAUCCGCUGCAGCGAUUCCUGUGACCCCCUGACGCUGGAGACGAACCACACGCGCUGCCUACACCGGAUCCGCCAGGCUCUCCAGCACUACCGGGACCUGCUGGGCUCCGACAUCUUCCGGGACCAGCCCCAGCCCCAGCUGGAGACCACGAUGGAGCAGCUGCUGCGCCACGUCCAGGAAGGACACGGCCACCACCCCCGGGUCCCCAUCAAGGUCUGGGAUUUCUGGGCUCAGCCGUACCAGCGGCACCAGGCGCUGAAGCGGCUCCGCUCCUUCGCUGCCGUCAUGGGCCGGGUGUUCAACCACAGCGCCCGCUGA